AGGUGAAAAUAAGUAACCUCUUCCCCGCGUAGAGCAGCUUGCAGCUUUGUUUAGAAUUCUGCGGAGGUAGUUUCCCACUAGGCUACUACCUAGGAGUACCGAACAUACACAACAUAAAUUUCUCCUUUUACUCUUCAUUUUCGCAUGAUAUUUAUACAUAUACCACGCAUUUCCCCGACAAAACCGCCGGAAUAGCAUUUGGUAGUACCUCCGGUAGUGCCACCUCCUCACGAUCCCAUCAUGACUCCUCCCCGCGCGGGCGACGACGUGACAGCCCCGCGUUCACCGCGGAGAGCGACGAGUCCCCGAGGACCGAAAGGCGAGCAGGGCACCGAUUCCCCGGAGAUGAUUACGCUUACGCCAGUGGACGACCACGUGGCGUCGUCAUCGGAGGACGCUGCAGCUUUUCUUCACGUUGACUACGACGCGAACAAUUACAACUUCGUGGACAAAAACAACAAUUACCGUGUGGUGGCUGCACCGCUGACGCCCCGCAGUCGCGCCCACAGUGCUGCGACCGCACCGACGAAGCGAAUCACAACUGCUGGUGCGUCCCGCAGGCGUGAAGGUAGCGGUGCCGCAGUUCUGCAGCAUGAGGCGGCGAGCAGAGCUACUGCGCGUCGCGCGACGAGUCAGCCGACCAGUGGUCAGCUUCUUACAGACGACAACAAGAAUAAAGACCAUGCUGGUGCUGGAGCAGUUGUAGAUAAGCAGAACACAACGGCCACGGCAGGGUCGUCGCCGCGAAAUACUACUACAGCAGCUCCAGCUCAGCCUCAGGAGAGAAAGAGCGCGUCGUUUUUUUCGUUGUUGUCACGCGUGAGCACAGCAGCCGUGGACGCGUUGGUCUCUCCAGGACGAAAAACUGCCUCUGCAUCGAAAACGUCGGUCGUGUCCUCCGGUGUCGGGAAUAUUAAACAAGAAGCGGAGCAGAACAAGAGGAUGUCGCUCGCCUCGGUCGAAUCCACAGGCAAUAACAGCGCGCCGUCCCCGCAGCAGAAGCUGCUGCAGAAAAAAGUCACAGGCCAGGUUGUAGAUACGGGUCAAAGUACUAAUAAUAGAAGUGGUGGUGCAGCUGCAGCACCUGUGAUUUCGCGGGAGAGUAGUUCCACGAGAAGCCUACAAUCCACCGGAUCUGUGCGUGACCUGCUGGCGGCAGAACACCAGCAGCCCGCCAGCACCUCGAGAGCUGGUGGAGGUCCGCGGCAAGUUACUUCGAGUGACAGUGGCAGCGACAAAGGCGGCCAGCGCGCGCCGAGGGGCACAAGAACUACAAGUGCCGAGGACCGUCGUACAACCCGAAAAAAAUCCGCACGCCAAGCUACCAGUACCGUCUCGCAGGAGCAGAAAAUGAUCAAAAGCACCACUUCUGCGGACCCAUUUGACGAGGAGGACACGGACUUGCACUCCUUGCAUGGGCACGAAGUUGUGACGGCUUCCGAUCGCCCAAGCCGUCGGGCGAGCUUGGUGAAGAAGAAGUCCGCCUUGGGCAAAGGCGACAGUGGAGGUCCCGCUGUCAGCACACCAACGCCGCGGGGCAAGCCGCUCUUGGUGAAACAAAGUUCGAAGCCAGAUUUCGGGCACAUGGAUUCAACAUCCUACGUCGACGAACUGAGCCGCGCGACUAGUCCCCGAGGGCCGCGGCAAGAUGCUGCUUCGUUGAAGCACACCGAGAGCAAAACCCGACUCGCUUCGACCGCCCAUUCGCAUUCCACGGCCUCGCUGAGCAGAACCGCCAGUGGAAGUAGCAGGACUGCGAAGAAGCCCCCGGUCGAAGUGGUCACCACUACGGUGGUGAGUACGAGCCACAAGCACUUUCAGGGCGCGUUCGCGCGCUUCUUUAACCUGAUUACGACAGAGCCGGACGCGGGCGCGCGCGUGCAACGGACCCGCAAGAUGCUCUCCCGGUCCUUCUCGUUCUCCUUUCGGGACGUGUCGUCGGACACAGACAGUGACCGGAGUCGUGGCCGCGGUGCUCCACCGAGAACGCACGUCAACGAAGACGGUAGCACCACCACAGACCUGAACGAGGAGCAAUUUGCGCUCGCGGCGAAGCAGGUCUUCGACCGCUUCGGAUUCGAGUUAUCAAAAUGAAAAAAGUCGUAGUCGUCCCCCCUUGCGUGGUGUUCCCCAUAUUGUUGUAAAUAAAGGCGUUUGAUAUGCAUAUGAUUCGUAGUGAUGUCUGAUGUAUACCAAGACGCUGACGCACGUCCUUGGCCGUCAAUUACUUGUUAUGCGGUUUUGUUAACUUCCCUUUCCGGGUCUAUUUUAGUUCUGUUUCUCCAGGUGUGGGAAACAACAAGGAGGUGGAUUUUUGCUCAUGAUAGACGUACGACGACAAGUAUCUGAAGAGAUUGCAGGCCGGCAAAGCGUACCAUGAAAAGAAGGCCUCUUCGGGAGGGGGCUCGAACAAGCGUAAGAAAGUGCGGAACGCGCGUAACCACGAGCCGCACGACGUGCAAAAAAGGGUGGAAUUGCGGGACAAGCGCCGCGAGGAGCACGGCGUCGAAAAAACUUUUCUUCGCCAGGUGAACGAAGAAUUCGUGGUCAAGGACGCAAAGAUACGGAAAGGAAAAAAUUUGCCUAUCACAAUCUGGAAGUUGGUUCAUGCAGAAAAAACAAUCCGUGGUGUACUUUACAACUUCUACAGAAACAUGCCCGGUCGAGGACUUGUAUGGAACAUGGCGCGGCACAUAACCAUAAGCCAGAUGAAUAUACAAUAAGUAUGUAUGUUUUGGCAGCCUUUUUGCAUCUACGAUACGAUUAUGGUAGGGCUUUUUUUCUUUCCAUAACCCCCAGAGAACAAGAGGUACAAAAAGCAGAUGGCCACAGACCAGGAAUACAGUAUGCGGGACCCGAGAAGAUACCAUGCCCUCCUUGAGUCUGAACGAGAAGAUUAUUGGAAAAAUGAAAAUUUUCACUAGGGUUGCAGUACUAGUGGUUUCUCGUUGUGCUUUUAUGCCACGAUGUUGUUUUACAUAGCAGAACCGCUUCUUCAUACUUAAUUUCGAAGUGUGUGCUAUUACUAGGAGGAAGGACGCAUGAACGUAAAAAAGACCCGGGGAACAUCGACCGCGGAGCUGAUUUUUUUGUCGGUGUCAGUUCUACCCGAAUGUGUGUACGACCCACCUACGAAAUUGGAUGUCAAGUACCUUUUGCUAUGGAAAAGGAAAACCAAUUUAGCUCGUUGUCGUUCCCCAAAUUUUUCAGCAAGCAUGAAUGAAAAGGAACACGUCUACCAACGGACGCACUUUGUCACAUCGAUGUUUAGCCCCCUACAACAUACCAUGAACAAAGACCGCCAGGAUUGAAUUAGCUCUUGUCUGUGGAGGCGUUCUUGAUUUCGUGCCUCCUCCUGAAAAUUUUAAUUCUAGUAAUCAUUUUUCGGUCUAAGUGCCAUACCUUCUGCAUGCAUAUUCAGUGUGGUGGUACUUUUUUUCAUGUAGUUGCUGCCCAACGAAGAUGGGUGCGUCUACAUCAUCGUGCAACGUUCUGUUUUAUCGUGCACCUACGAUAUUUCGUACAAAACGAACAGCAGCAAAACAUGGGCAGAGUGCGCAAAUAAAUUUCGUACUUUUGCUCACAAUGCAAUCCUUGUCUUCUUGUCG